AUGAGUUGUGCGGAGGUGAUGUAUCACCCGCAGCCGUAUGGAGCGUCCCAGUAUCUGCCCAACCCUGUGGCAGCUGCAACCUGCCCCACAGCCUACUACCAUCCGGCGCCCCAACCUGGCCAGCAGAAGAAGUUAGCGGUAUACAGCAAGAUGCAGGACUCUCUGGAAGUCACCCUUCCCAGCAAACAAGAGGAGGAGGAGGAGGAGGAGGAUGAGGAGGAGGAGGAGGAGAAAGACCAGCCUGCCGAGAUGGAGUACCUUAACUCUCGCUGUGUCCUUUUCACUUAUUUCCAGGGAGACAUUGGGUCAGUAGUGGAUGAACACUUCUCAAGAGCUUUGGGCCAAGUCAGCACCCUCCAUCCAGAAUCUACCAUUUCAAAAAGCAAGAUGGGGCUAACCCCCCUAUGGCGAGACAGCUCAGCUCUCUCAAGCCAGCGGAGUAGUUUCCCAGCUUCCUUUUGGACCAGCUCUUACCAGCCCCCACCCGCACCCUGUUUGGGGGGAGUUCAUCCUGACUUUCAGGUCACUGCAACCCCUGGCACCUUUUCUGCAGCUGACCCCAGCCCCUGGCCAGGACAUGGCCUGCAUCAGACUGGCCCUGCCCAUCCCCCUCCCGCGUCCGAGUCCUGGCACUAUCCUUUGGCAUCUCAGGUGAGCCCAUCCUACAGCCACAUGCAUGAUGUGUACAUGCGACACCACCACCCCCAUGCCCACAUGCACCAUCGCCACCACCACCACCACCACCACCACCCUCCUGCUGGUUCUGCCCUGGAUCCGUCCUAUGGGCCCCUGCUGAUGCCAUCAGUGUGCACGGCCAGGAUUCCUGCUCCCCAGUGUGACAUCACAAAGACAGAUCCAACUACAGUCACCACUGCUACCUCAGCGUGGGCCGGAGCCUUUCAUGGAACAGUGGACAUAGUGCCAAGUGUGGGGUUUGAUACAGGUCUACAGCAUCAAGACAAGAGCAAGGAAUCACCAUGGUACUGA